UGACCGCAGGUUCUGUCGGGGCUGUCUCCUUCAGCUCUCAGCCCCUCAGCAGUGGCAUCUCUGCCCUCACACAGGAGAGAAGCGCUUCCCGCUCAAAUCUAUGGAGAAGGAAAGAGGCGGAAGGAGCAUCCGGAAGUGGAGAAGGGGAAACCGGAAGUCAGACGCUGAGAAGUAGAUCCGGCGGCAGCGUCCGGUGUGAGGCUCUCCCCGAGUCUUCCGUGUCCUGAGCUCCUGUCAGAGCCGCGUACACACAGCCGGGAAAAAGCCGCAGAGAGGAAGGAACCGCAGGAGAAGUGGCCGGGCGAGGCCUGUGAUGGACGGCGGGGCCUCCGCUCCUCACCCCAUGGACGGGCGCUGAUCGGGCCGACGAUGAAGGCUUGUGAUUGAGAGAAAUCGGACCGCGGACAGAUCGUCGGCACGGGGAGCUCUGUAACCCUAGAAGUGGAGUCAUGCCAUCUUGUCUGGUGAACCAAUGCCUAAGCAAGUCGGGCCGGAAAGGCCAGAGCGAAUACAUCAUUCUGCAUAAGUUUCCUAAUGAGUUACCAAGAAUAAAAUCCUGGCUGGCACAAACUGGUCAACGCUUCGAAGACCUCGAGGUUCUUGCCAACAAAGUGCUGGAAAGUGCGCAAAAAAAGGAAAAAAAUUAUUUCCUGUGUUCAAACCACUUCACUGUGGACUCGUACAGAAUCACUCACUAUGGCCGGGCCUUGAAGCAGGACGCGGUGCCAUCCAUUUUUCCGUUGGUUGAGGAGGGCGAGUCCAUUAUUGAAGAAUCGCUCAGAAAAGACCGCACUAAAAGCAAGAAAAGACGCUUAGAGAAUGAGCCCCAAUUCCAUGUCGCGUUCUAUUCCAAGGUCCAGGCGGAGACAGAGUACGUGAAACCUGGAAUGGCGAGCGAGUCGACACAAACGGAAUACAACCUGACUAACUCUGAGGUGACUUUCACUUCCAAGAAGCCUUCAGCCAUUGUGUACGAGCGCACCGCCAGAAUUAGCGACGACAUUUUUGAAGUGAAAAUCAAGAGUGAAAUCAAAGAGGAGGAGGAGGAGGAUGAGAAUGAUGUGUAGCAUCUGCCCUUUGUGAUUUCCGUCCUCAAUCAUCUACUCCUCAUUUGGUCUUCCAAAACUGCGUCAGGAAACCUGACCGUGUGGCCGUGCCCUUCAGAGUAAAGUCUUCUGAUGCUCAGAUGCAUGGCCUACAGCUAGAACAUCCUCCCCAGACUCGUCUCUGACUCGCAGAAGGUACAGCAUUGAGGGACUCUGUCCCUGACACCAGAAUUCAUGUUCUCAAUGUUUCUUUGAAUGAGGAACCAGAUAUCCUGACAGAGUCGCAGCAAACGGUCAUGGAAACCCCGAUCUGCAUAUCUGUUCAUCUUGUUCCUCGACCGCAAACGAUUCAGUCGGAGCGCCACCCGAAUCAGAAGAAGAGUUGCUGAAUACAGAAAACUAUUGGAAUUUGCAAUGCGUUUUGAUAAAUUGUUAUUAAAAUGACAAAAGAA